GUCUUCAACGUCCACGAGUACCUUCCCACCAUCGAUGCCAUUCUCAGCGUGGCCGACCUCGAGAAGAUGACUGUCAAGAAGCUCCGCAACGCCUUGCAGGAGCUCUUCACUGUCGACUUGCUGCCUCACAAGGAAGAGGUGAACAAAACCAUCAUGCUGAGGUACUUCAGGUUGGUCGAGGCCAGGAAGACCGAGCAGCAGCAGCAUGAGCAGCAGCACGAACGACAGCAACAGAUCCAGAAGAACGAACUACUUGCUGCAAAAUUGCACUCCUCACUUAACGCCAACAACAAGAAGUUGAGAAGCAAGGUUGCCUUAAAGGCCAGCGAUAUCAACGAUAACGAAUCAAAUACUCCUGGUGGGCUAGCCAAGCCUGUCGUUUUGUCGGCUCAGCUACAGCUGCUUCUCAACUGUCAUGACAAACUUCCAAGAACAGCAGUCGUUAAAAAACUAUGGGAAUACAUCAAACUAAACAAUCUUCAGAACCCUUCUGAUAAAAGAGAGAUCAUCUGUGACGAAGCAAUGCAACCUAUCUUUGGCGAGAAGAUUUCCAUGUUCCAAUUGAGCAAAGUAACCUCUGCCCAUUUGUUU